CACGCACGCACGGACGCACCUGUCGACGGGCUCGCAUCGCACCGCACCCUCUCGUCCUCUCUGCGCCGACGCGGCUCUUCUUCCCCAAUCCUCCUUCCCCGAUCCAGUCCCGCAGCGACGCCGAGGCAGAGCGAGAAGAGACAGACACAGAUCGCGCGCGGAGAUGUCGUCGGACUCCUCGUCGUGGGCGCGCGCCCUGGUUCAGAUCUCGCCCUACACCUUCUCCGCCAUCGGCAUCGCCGUCUCCAUCGGCGUCUCCGUCCUCGGUGCCGCAUGGGGUAUCUUCAUUACGGGGAGCAGCCUCAUCGGGGCCGCCAUCAAGGCCCCCAGGAUCACAUCUAAGAACCUCAUCAGUGUCAUCUUCUGUGAGGCUGUUGCAAUUUAUGGUGUAAUCGUGGCAAUCAUCCUCCAGACAAAGCUUGAAAGUGUGCCAACAUCUCAAAUGUAUGCUCCGGAGUCUCUUCGAGCUGGCUAUGCAAUCUUUGCAUCUGGCCUUAUCGUCGGCUUUGCUAAUCUUGUUUGCGGGGUAUGCGUGGGGAUAAUUGGAAGCAGCUGCGCACUGUCUGAUGCUCAGAACUCAUCACUCUUUGUAAAGAUCUUGGUGAUUGAGAUCUUUGGCAGUGCUCUGGGACUGUUCGGAGUAAUUGUGGGUAUCAUUAUGUCAGCUCAAGCGACAUGGCCAGCAAAAGCUUGAUUUUUCAACAUUAGUAGCUCUGUAAAUUACUCGGAUGGAAUGUAUCGGAAUGUGCAUGUGGUCCAACUGCCUUUUCCUGUUCUUUUUCUUUUGCAUCUUUUUGGCAGAACACGAAAUCUGGCGCGCGUAGCGUUACCGAUUGUAGAGUUGCUAUUCCUACUGCCGGAGUACUCCAUGUGUGUUGGAUAUCUUGUAGGUGCUGUUGCCGUUGCAAGACACACUUGGCAAUUGGCAUAUUGAAUAAAUGCUUUGAACUGAAUAAGAGGGAAGUUAUUAUUAUUUUGUCA